GACGACCUCUGUAUGACGUCACAUUUACUCGCCACGCGGCGGUAAACAGUGUGCCGUCAUAUGUGUGGGACGCUGUGCUGCUGGUGGAUGGAGGGAUGAAGGUGAAAGAAUAAAAAAUAAAAAUCUGAGUUUUAGUAAUUUAUUCUCCUCUGAAACCCGGGAACAGGUCACCUGACGGCUGACUUCGCACAGGACUUUUGAGGGAGGGGGUCGGGGGGGUCACCAUGUUGAGUGUGGGGGGGUCGGUGAUGUCCGGCCUCCUGCAGCUCCGCCUCCUGCAGGUUCCUCUUCGAAGAGUCUGUUCAGCUGUGAUCCACAGGAAGUCACCUGCAUCUGGUCUGACCUGGUCUGUGCCUCUGUCUCUUGGACUCCCCUCAGUCUACUCUCACAGGUCACCUGUCAGGACUGCAUCAGGUGUCGGUGGUGGUGAUGCAGGUGGUACAGGUGUGUCUGGCUGGUACAGUGGCCUGGUGGACUCGGCUCCGGUUCACAUGUGUGAACACUUCCUGGUGAGCGUGCAGCAGGUGAGCGGGUUGCCAUGGUGGCUGAGUAUUGUCGUGGCAACGUUGUCAGUCAGGACGCUUGUUACUCUGCCGCUCGCCGCCUACCAGUUGGUCAUCAUCUCUAAGGUGGAGGCGCUGCAGGGGGAGAUCUCUGAGUUGGCAAAGAGACUUCGAUACGAAGUUUCAGUCCGAGCGAGAGAGAGAGGCUGGACGAACAAACAGAGCCGGCUCCAGUUCAAGAAGAACCUGCGUCGUAUUGUUACUCAGCUCUACAUAAGAGACAACUGUCACCCCUUCAAAGCCAGUCUCUUGGUCUGGGUUCAGCUGCCCCUCUGGAUCAGCCUUUCUCUGGCCCUCCGAAACCUGAGCCUGGAUCAGUCCGCGUUGCAGUGUGAUCUGGCAGCAGGGGGCACUCUGUGGUUCCCUGACCUCACCUCACCUGACUCCACCUGGAUCCUGCCGGUCUGCCUAGGACUCACCAACCUGCUCAUUGUGGAGGUGUUUUCUCUUCAAAGAGUCAAUCCGAGUCGGUUCCAGAAGCUGUUGUUGAACUCCAUCAGAGGAUUCUCAGUCCUGAUGAUCCCCAUCGCUGCUACAGUCCCCUCUUCCAUGGCUCUUUACUGGUUUGCCUCCAGUCUAUUGGGAUUCAGUCACAACCUCCUCCUUCGUUCUCCUUGGAUCCACAAAAUUCUCAAACUCCAAACUCAUCAAUCGGACUCUCCAUACAGAGACCUGCUGUCUGCAUUCAUCAACAAAUACUGCAAAUAGCAUCAUCUCAUUGUGUCUGUUUCCCCACCCAAACACAUCAAACCUCAGCAGCUGUCAGUGGAGUGGGGUGGGGGUCAUGUCCUUCUCACUGUAUAGUUUCAAAUUGAUUUUCUGUACGAAUUCUGAAAAAAA